UACUCAAGCAGAAUGCGCACUCCGCGACGGACCGACAGUCCACACGUUACACUAAAACAAAGCAAUUCAGUUCAAUACAGCACUCGAUACUGAAAACUGUAAAAUAAAAUGAUAGGAACGACAUGUGAAAAUGAGCGAAACAACACCGAUACUCGGACAUACAAUGUGACUACUUUCGAAAUAGGUCCCAACAAAACGAAUAUACCACAGACUUAUGAACACAAAGUACUUAAGAGCAGGAUAAAGAAAGCAAUACCUUCCCUUCAUGAAUGGAAGCAGUAUUUUGGAGUUUUAUUAUGUGGGUUAACAAUAUGGGGCACAUCAUGGCUUGCGCUCAAGGAUGUAGUCCUUCCAGGAGGUUUCGCAUUCCAUAUGGCCGGAGUAGCCAUAGCCGGCUAUGUCUGUGGCCACACUUUAGAACGAUAUAGUACAAUAAAUCCUGUAGUGGGCAUGACCUUAACGGGAGCUCUUUAUAGAAGCUUCGGUCCUGCGAGUUACUUAGAAGACCCAAUCGCAAAUUCUAUUGAUUUCCAUUUACGGCGUAUUUAUCCUGUUAUUAUAUUGACAAAGGGUCCACUCACUUGGAACUGGGACUACAUAAGAAAGAACUCGAUCAAAGUAUUCUCUUUGGCAACUUUACCAUGGAUUGUGGAGUGUACUUCAACUGUUUUUUUCAGCCACUUACUCCUUGAUUUUCCUUGGUAUUGGGGACUACAUCUUGGAGCGAUAUUGGCGUCGGUUUCACCUGCAGUGGUAGUGCCCACAGUGAACGCUCUAAGUGCCCGGGGUCUGGGCACUAAGCAACAAAUCGCCCAGCUGGUUGGCAACGCCGGCGGUCUCGACACCGCGUUCACGGAGGGCAUGUUCGGAGUUAUCAAUAGCGCAAUAUUUUUCCCCGCAUUACUUCCGUACAAAAUUGUGAAGGCAGUUCUAGCAAUGUUCUUGGGAAUCGUCCUUGGAAUCCUUUGGGGUAUUCUGAUCGACUAUGUCCCAGACCACAGUGACUUUUACGCACCAACUAUACGCAGUCUCCUGAUAUUUUGUGGGGGACUGUUGAUCUCAUAUGGAAGUGCUUAUUUUGGAUGGGGAGGAACUUCUGGAGUAGCGAUCAUGGUGUGCGCGGGCACAGCAGCGACGCGCUGGUCUCGCAGGGGGUGGGCCAUCAACGACAACCCCGUGGCCGAGGUCUACAAACUCCUGUGGAGGAUCUUCGAGCCAAUGCUCUUCACUUACAGCGGUUACUUCUUAGAAAUUUCUUACACAUCGGCAAAAGAAAUUAGUUUGAUGGUUGCUUGUAUCUUCUCCGCGCUGAUUCUACGGCUAAUUACGGCAUUCCUUAUCGGUAUUUGUAACAAGAUGUCAAUUAAAGAAAGUCUGUUUAUUGCCGUCACAUGGAUACCAAAGGCCAUUGUCGAGGCCGUACUAGUACGCGUGGCAAUGGAUUCAUUAUGGAGUGACGCUACUUCAUUUGACAAACAAAUUGCAUCUCAACAUUCAAAUAUUAUAGUCAUUGCAAUUCUUAUCACAUCUACACUGGGCUCUUCAUUAACUACAUUUUUGGGACCUAUUCUUCUCUCGGAAUCAAAGGUUGCACCUGAAGAGUUUUACCGUACACAAACCUUAUCACCGCCGGCAUCUUCAAAUAGUGUUAGAGAUAAAACAAGCUCUCUAGAAAUUUAAAUAAUUA